AUGCUUAAAACAUAUUUCGUUAGGUACCUUCCUAACGUGGACGGCCUGCUGGUUACGGCGGACAACCCAGCCCGCGCCGACUUGUUAGGGAACCGGAUGGACCACGCACGAUGCGCAGCUCUCCACAACCACCUCGUGCGCUACGCCUGGCUCGCCGAAGGCCAUGCACCAGCUAGUCUGCAAGGUAACAACACCAACACCUUUUUCACCACCCACGGUGCCACCGCCGAGGCUCUCCGCCCGCGGCUCCACCCCUCGCUAGCAGCCUUCCUCGACGCCGUCAUGCUCCCUCCCGCCGAUGGACCCGAGCCCGCGCCCUUCUUCUUCUGGGCCAGCGAGCUCUCCGACCCGGACUGCCUUUUCGCCGACCAGACCGCCGACUUGUUCGACCAGCCGGCAGACAGCGUAGUGUGCUUGUACCUGCCCAACGUCGGCCAGGGCGGAGAAUCCGGCGGCGGCGUAUUCUACCACCAGGGCUACCACCGCGCCGCCGUCUUCAUGCACAUGGACGACCAUGACUAUGCCCUGCCCGUCGAGGAGCAUCCAUCGCUUUGGCAUCCCCUCGAGACCGUCCUCUCUAACUGGAUCGACCUCAUCCGUCUCGGCAAGGUCGUGGCCUCACCUAGGGACGCGCCUGCCCUAUUCGGCAGCGAAAAGAUCGGGCCCUGGGAGUGGCGGCCCUAUGGCGAGGCUCAGGUCGCUGCUUGUGUCUGCGCGUGGGAUCGGCUGUGCGACUCUAUCGAGGCGCGCGUCAUUCCGUUGCUACCAACUAGUGCUACCACCACCGGAGUCGAGCCUAGACCACUGCUCGCACCCUCCGUCUUAGACGCCGCGUCGGUACCCUCCCCUUCCUUCGCACGCGCCUUCCUAUCCCGCGCCCGGCGCCCCCGAUUCCACCACAUCGCUCCAGGCCUCCUUCUACCCCCCGCAGACGCGCGCGAAUUCGCAGCGUCGCAACCCUUCACCAGGCUUCCGCGAGGCCCGCAGGCCAUACCACCGGUCCGCCUCUUCCCCACCGCAAGAAGCGAUCUCGAGGCCGACUUAGCGGGCCGCUCAAGUCCGUCCUGCAGCGACUUCCGCGCGACGUCCCGGGUCCCUGCCGGCGUCUACAGCGAGUCUGUCGAGAGGGACGCGUACGACAACGCCGAGGAGGGCUUCCGGCUGCUGUUGCCGUACGGCCUGGAUGGCGACGUCGGAGACGACGACGCGGGUGCGGGCGCGCGGAAGAGCGAUGGGUCGUUUGUCGAGACGGGAGCGGUGGCUGAGCUGUUUCAGCAUGGAUAUAAGCCUUUCGGCGGCGACUAUUACCGCCCUCAGCGUCUGGAGCGCUUGCUGGAUCAUUGGCGCGGACUGGUCGAAGAAGGCGUUUGGUCUGUUAGCCCACAGGGGGUAGAGGGCACCAUUGAUACUUUCAGGCAGGCUGAUACGGCGGCGCACUGGAGAGAUUAUGUCAUUUCGCCGACUUGGUAAUGAAGGGUGGUGUUCUUUGACUGGAAAUCUCGCACCCACCAUCCCUAGCCCCGAUGCCACACUUCCCCCGGUAUACCGCCGACUUAGGGAUGAUUAUGGCCUCCGUCAGACCGGUGCAUGGAACCAUUGAAGUAUGAAAUUUCUGAUUAUGUCUACCGCGUUACCAGGAACAAGACUUACGUUGGCACCCAGUUCAGCGUAUGUGACUCCGCGUCCAGCUUCAGCGGGAACUCGAGCGAUUGUUGCUCUGGAUCUACUAAUUGUUACAGCGGCGCCUCUACGUUUUGAUGAUAUUGCGUUGUGGGAAAUUAUUUGUGUACCCUUUUGCAGUGAUACCAAUACGUCCUUUCUGACCAUCCACCAGAAACUCGUAGUAUUGGUUAAGACAUUCGAUGUUCAUAUCGGCGAUAUUUAAGCCUCUGAUGCUAUGAACAUCCAAAGAGUUGGUAAUAAUACCUAU